AUGGCUCAAGACGAGAAAUCCACGAUUUUAGAGAAUGUUUGGGCUAAUUAUAUAGCCAAGAGUGAGUUAGAAAAUGCACACCAAAAUCCAGUUGAAUCUUCCCAAACAUGGCAUGAUUUGCCUGGACUAAAUUCCAGAGACGGAUCACUACUAGAAAGGCUUCCAAGUUUAGGCAGGUUUAUAUCCAUGGGAGCCGAAGCAUGGGAGCAACUUCUAGAUGGAGCUAAUCUUCCAAACAAUACAGAGUCAUCAAGGACUGUUCAUUCACAAGAAACAUGCAGUAGCAAGAAGAUGGAUUCGGGAGCUGAUGAAAUAAAGGUCAAGAAGGUUGUUACAAGACAUUAUCGCGGGGUGAGAAGGCGGCCAUGGGGCAAAUAUGCAGCUGAAAUAAGAGAUUCAUCAAGAAAAGGAGCUAGACUAUGGCUUGGGACUUUUGGAACAGCAGAAGAAGCAGCUAUGGCUUAUGACAAGGCUGCACUGAAAAUCAGAGGUCCCAAGGCAUAUCUUAACUUCCCACUUGAAACAGUUGCGGAAGCCAUGGGAACGUGUAAGUCUAUUCCACAAGAUUACAUGGAUUCAUCAGCAACUUCUUGUCAGACUAAUGAUACUACUACAAGUGCUUCAGUUACUUGUGGUGAAAUCAUGAAAGAUCUUAAGGAUGAUGGGGGUUCUUCAAGCUUCCUCCAUCCCCGGCAUAAGUCCAGGCUGAUUUUCGCUAGAUGGUCAGCGCAGCAAUUCCUGUCUCCACGUGUGCUUCAGUUGACAAUCCCCUUCUCUGUUCUUGGCACCUCUUAUCCUUUGGAUUUGAUUAAAGUGAGGGCCAUCUUGGGAGCAUUUUUGCACCAGCUGCAGUCCCAUCCGUGA